AAGAGAAAAGAAAGCUAGCUAGGCUCCCAAAAGUUUUCAAGUGAAGGAGGAGAGAGAGAGAGAGAGAGAGAGAGAGAGAGAGAGAGAGAUACGGCCAGAGUAGAAAUUAAAUGGGAAGGAAGCCAUGCUGUGCAAAAGAUCAAGGUCUAAACAGGGGAGCAUGGUCUGCUAAGGAAGAUAACAUCCUUAUGAACUUCGUUAAAGUCCAUGGCGAAGGGAAAUGGAGAGACCUUCCUCAAAGAGCUGGGCUGAAGCGAUGUGGGAAAAGUUGCCGGUUGCGAUGGCUGAAUUAUCUAAGGCCAGAUAUCAGGAGAGGCAACAUUUCUUUGGAAGAAGAAGAGCUCAUUAUCAGACUACACAAGCUCCUCGGUAACAGGUGGUCCCUGAUCGCAGGCAGAUUACCGGGACGAACAGACAAUGAAAUUAAGAAUUACUGGAACACCAAGUUAAGAAAGAAGGUGCAAGGUCAUGAUCAUGACAUUUACGAUUCUAGUAAACAACAAGAUGGUACUGAAUUAAAAGACAAUAAGGGAAGUACAACACCGGUCUCUGAUAUUCGAGGAACAGGACAGCCAGAAACUCAAUCGGUAAUUCGGCCAAAAGCAAUGAGGUGUGCAAAGGUUGUAAUGCCAUGGCCACUAAUUGAUAAUGGGAUGGUCAAUAAUGAGCAUACGAUAUUUCCUGGUGCAGAUAGUGAAAGCCCAUGCUGUUCAGCUCAAAGGGACAACAAUUCCUAUGGUUUUCUAAUGGAUUUUGAUGUCAAUGACCUUUUGAUCUCAGACGUUCUAUAUUCAGAUGGCCAUCAAGUUCAUAAAGAAAUAGUUGAAUGUGAGAACCUGGUGGAUGGAGGAGUACUUGAACCCUGCAAGAACAUGCCAAGCAGUGGUGUUGAAGAUCUUCCAGUUUCUGGACAUGUCGAAGCCAAGCUUGAGGAUUCAGUAUUGGAUGUAGUGGCGGCUGAGAAUUGGAGAGAAAGUACCGACCACCCAGUUCAACCCAAUGCAGAUUCUUUGGAUCUUAAGACAUUGGCAGCUUUUCUAAAUUUAGAAGAUGAUCAUCAAGAGUGGAUUAACUGAAUUAACUACUAUAGCUAGGUUCCAUAUAAAUAAAUAUAUAUAUAUAUUUAUAUAUAUGAAUAAGCGAUAUUGAUUCUGGAAACAUGUCAUCUUGUAGCUAAAGUUGCGAUUUCCAGUAAGUAAUGGAAUGUGGUUUUAUGUAUUUAACCAUCUAAUAAUAUUGCAGCUUGGAGCUAUUCCAUUUUA